AUGGUUUUAUUUGUUCAUUUUAAUUAUUUAUUCAACUUCUCACUCUAUUCCGAAGAACAAAAAGGCAAAAACUUCUGUAGAAGUGCUCAAACGAGAAGCCAACAGCACACUUGCAAACAGCGCCAAAUUCAAACUCAGCAAACGGCCCAAAGGCUCGUCAAUCGUCUCCGGGUUGCUGCAGCAGCAGCAGCAGCAGCAGCAGCAGAAGAAGUAGCAGCAGCGGCAGCAGCAGCAGAAGCAGCAGAGGUAGCAGCAGCAGCAGCAGAAGCAGUAGAGGUAGCAGCAGCAGCGGCAGAAGCAGUAGAGGUAGCAGCAGCAGCAGCAGCAGAAGCAGUAGAGGUAGCAGCAGCAGCAGCAGCAGAAGCAGUAGAGGUAGCAGCAGCAGCAGCAGCAGAAGUGGCGGUGUCUCGACAGCUCCUCCAAAUGCCAGCAUUUUUUUAA